UGUGCCGUCUGUCUCGGAAGAAAUCCCCACCGCACUAUUGAAUGUUCAGCAACGCUCACAUGGGAUAGCAAGCACGACACCAUCGCCGAGCGUAUCAACAAGGCUCUAUGGACCAAAGAAGGCAAACAACUCUGCACAGCCUGGCAACGGGACGAAGGUUGCGAAAGCGCCAGACACGACUCCCGUCACGUUUGCUCAGGGUGCGGCGCUGUCACCCAUGGUGCCCAGCGCUGCCCUAGAGCGCAGAAG